AUGUCCUUUGCAACUGCGAGUCGAAGGUCUGAUGAGGACUCUGAUGGGGCAGACACAAACCACCUGUACAAAUUGGAGAACUUGUUGCAAGCGGGUGAAUAUCUUCGGGACGACGAUCUAUGGCCGGCUUACAUGCGCUGCAUCGCGGUUUCCUUGGUACAGUUCGCGUGCGCACCCGUGGUUUUUGUGUGUGUGUGUGCUUGCAGUGGUCGCGUCACUGCCGCUGGCAUGACUAUAGGUUUCAUGCUGAUUGGCUCCACGGCCUUCCAGUAUUCGCUGGCGGACACGCUGGUUUCGUGGCUACAGCGGCAGCCAUGUAGGGCUUCAUGGCAGCACUCCAUCGAUGCUCUUGCCGACUUUGGGAGUACCUGCAGUAUGUGUUGCUUCCUGUCACAUGUAUCUGCCACCAUGUUUGGCAUGAUCGAAGCUAUAGAUCCUGCUCUGGAUGCUUGGGCGGCCGCGAAUGCAUUCAACCUGUACACAGAUGAUCUCCGUCUCAAGUUUGAGUCAACUUGGAAUCACAUUCCGUUGCUAGGUUGGCUGGUUGCUUACUUGGGAUUGCCUGGUGUUCUGCUGUCCAUACUUCUUUUCUCCAUGCUGUGUCAGCUCUGGUCUCUAUACGAGCAGGAUCAGCAUGUCACCACGUACAAGCUGUUCGACAAAUUCAUGGAAGGUGCAGAGACGGGCAUCGAGCACAGAUACAAGCUGUGGUAUGAGUGGAAACAUGUUAGCGACCUCGGUGGCCUGCUAGUCCUACUCAGAGUCUUUGAGAAGUUGGUCUAUGCGGAGCUGGAGCUGGACACAAACGGAGCUUUGUAUCCUUUGGUUGAUCGGUUUUGGUCCUUUGUUCCUAAGGUACUUGCAGAAGCUCUUCCGAGUCUUUGGUUCCAAGUUUCCGUCAUCGCUCUGACGUACGAGUCAUCUUCACGCAGUGUACUCGCUAUAAAUGUGGUGUCAGUGGCCAGCAGCGUGUUUGUUGUGGGAAGGUCGCUGCACCUGCAGUUGCAGACCUUGGUCAAGUCGUGGCAAACCAGGACAUGUUCGUACUUCACCAAACCGCGCAUGUUGCAGAAUUGCGCAGCUUGGUUGUUUUCGUUCUGCUGCUUCUCCAUCUGCUUGAUCCGACUGGCAGGUUUGUGGAUCUGCCCCGGCCACGUUUACUCGCUGGGUCGCGGGUGCUUCGACGUUGAUCAUCAGGAUCUCGGCGAGCGAAAUCCCAUGUGA